CUAUAUGUACACUAGAUGCAGAAGAGUUUUGUGGGUUUGUACUGAAGUUUGAAUGUACACAGGUUGUUUUAUGACUUGAUACAGAGACUAUUUCCUGUAAGUGAACUCUGUGCUGAUACAGGGUUUGAUUUAACACACCGAUGUUGGAGUGAAGUAAACGUGUGUCCUGCUGUAAUCUGGAGAAGGAGACAUGACCUCCAACAUGAGUGUGUCUGGAGAACAGGACUUAAAGAGAGACGAGAGAAUGAUGGAGGGAAAGAGAUCAGACUCACCAGAACCCAGCUGUGUGUCCAUGAAGAGUGACUGGUCAAUGGAUCAUCCAUUUGACUUCAGAGACAGAGCCAAUUCUCCUGAUGUGAGACCACAACAGAAGAAAUCAAACCUCAGCAGAAAUCAGCUGGACUCCAUAUUCAAGGAGCUGGAACACAAAGUCAUCACUCUGAUAAAGAAUGAGCUGAAGAGGUUUAGGAAGCUCCUGAGUCCAGAUUACCCAGCAUGCACUGAGAGGGAGGUGGAGGAUGAGGAGGAUCUGCACACUGUCAGAGAGGGAGCACUGAAGAUCACACUGCACGUCCUGAAGAACAUGAACCACACAGAUCUCGCUCACACACUGCACAACAGUAAGAGCUCUGAGUCAUGGCUUUAUUCCGUCAGGUUCACUUCAGAGAGAGGAAAUAGUUUUAGAUAGGAACACUUUUAGUUUGAAGUUUGAGUUUAGUAUCAUGUACAUCUGCUGCUGUUCUGUUCUGUUCGUGGUCCAGCUUGUGGUGACUCUGUACAAUGGUCCUGUUCCUUCAGGAAUAUUUACUACAUGAAUCAGGAAUGAACAGCAGCAUUAGAAUUUUACAUUUAAUCCUGUGUUCAGUGAUUUUACAUUUAAACAUGUUAUUACUUUGUUUAUUAGAGUCUGUGGCCUCUGUGUAUAAGACGAGUGGGAGGAAAGAUUCUUCCUGUGCAAGGUGCUGCUCUCACUUCUUUCAGCAUAGCUCCUGGUCUCAAAACAGGUUUAGUUCAUCGUUGCUGGUGUUGUGUAGAGGAUGUUAUAUUGUGAAAGUCACAACUUUCCCCGCUCAAGGUCUUGUGAAAUAUUUGACCUUGUUUGUGACUAUAUUCACCGUGAUGCUUUCAGCAGUUACUACAUUAGUGUCCUUAAUUUUUUACUAUUUAAACAUUGUUUUAAAGUUUAUUACAGGCUCAAUGAAUGUUCUUCUCCUUCACUAGAAGAUAAAGGCCCGGUUUCACAGACAGGGUAUACAUUAAGCCAGGAUUAGGCCUUCGAUCAAUUAGGACAUUUCAGUAGCUUUUAUAAACGUGUCUUAGAAAAAUAUAUUUCUGGUGCACAUCCUGAGAUAAAACAAUGGCACUGACGUGUUUUAAGAUCCGUCCGUGCAAGUAGCUUUCAGUUAAAACAGCUCAGACAUACAUUUUAGUCUGGGACUAGGCUUAAGCCUUGUUUGUGAAACCAGGGGAAAAAAGAAGAAGGGUGUGCUUUAUUAUGCUCUCUGCAGAAUAUGACAGAAGAAAUGUGACCCACACCUAUAAUUAUAAAAAGCAGGUAGAAUUGCAGUUAGCAUGAAACCUCAAAUGUGUAGCUGGGCUGGAAAUUUAUUUUUGUAUGCAUGUAUAAUUUUUUUUCUAUUACAGAUGAACAAGCAAACAGAUUUAAAGGCUGUUGUGAAUGAUGGGUUACAGAAAUGUCUUCCUGUGUUUAUUAUUAUUUGAAGUUAUAUAUUCUGAUUUGUAAGCAAGAUUAUGAAGUCUCCUUUUGCUAAUCAUUUUACAGCAUUAUUAAAAAGUCCAUGUACACAAUGUUUAUCCCGAGUGCCUUUUUGAUGUAUUUUAUUAUCCUGCACAAAGCAAAAACACAAUCUGAGUGUAGAUGCCCCUCGUAAAUAUUAAUAUAGUAAUAGCAAAUGGACAAGUGAAGGGGCAGCAAUUGCUUUAGGCCCCGAGCUAGCAAGGGCCCCCAAAAUGCUGCAUAAACUUAUAGUUAAGAAAGUUUUAUUUUUACUUUUUGCUAAUUAAUUAUGUUUUUUCUAAAAAUGCCAUCAGAAUGCUUACUUCAUGAGUGGCGUAUUGGACUGGGUGUGGUGGUCCGCUCUGGGCCAGAAAGUCCAGGGCCACUUUUUGGCCCUGUACACGUCUGAUUAUUGCUGUUAAUGCUAAAUAACAUAAGCUGAAAUUUUAAAUAUUGAUGUUAAAACACUGAA